CAGUACUGUCUGCCGAGAUGGCGUUUAUGAUGCCCGUUGUCAAAAAUGAGUGGGAUAUUUACAAAACCAAUCGUAGCAGACGCUCAUCCGAGUGUUCUAAUCCCCAGGCAUGUAGAAGUCGCAAGGUGUCGGAGUGUUCAAAAUCAGAGGGGCCCUCAUUAUCAACAUCUCCAGGCUCAGAUUUCUUGACAUCUCCGGCUCAUCGUUCGGUCGCCGUUGGGGCAUCAUCGAGGCAUUUCUCCAGGACCUCGUCACGAGCCUCUCAGAGUUCUCUGCAGAGUCCCAGCAAGAGCACGGGUUCGUCGCCCCCGAAGACCGGCAGCUCAAACUCCCUCAACAAAUUCCACAAUCGAUUGGUCGACAAGCUCAAGAGGUCCCUGAGGAAGGCUGACGACACCUCCGAGGACCAGCGCAAUCUUUCGUGAAAUAGUCAAGGGGUUUUGGGCCGUCCACCAUUAUGCGGCUCAAAACCUAUUGAUAUACGACGAACCUCCACACCUGGGGGUUCGAUGACCGUGGGAAAUUCGUGCGUGAUCACGCGAUCCUGUCCGGAUCCUUCGGUCGCCUGGUAAUGGGCAAUGCACGUGUAAAACUCACAUACAGCUGCUGCCGCUUUGGCUGAGAAUUUUUAAAGGAUUAAGUGUCCAGACUGAGAAUUUUUCACAGUCCUGCCAACGCCCAACUUUGGCAAUUGUCAACUGGAGGUGGCAGUUGCCGAGGAGCAUGUUGAAGAGUAUUUUUCAUGUCUGAAUUUUUGCUAACGCGGAGGGCUCUAUUUACACGCAUAUUUAAUUCACUGGUGAAGCGAUCCAGUCAGAUACUUGACAACUUCACUAUUGAAUUCAAUUGCCAGCCUAUUUCAAUUGGAAUCUGUCGUACAGUAUUUAUGAAAUUUUUACUGAAUUUUCCAGAUUUUCGCCUUGAAUUCAAAUAAAUUCACACAGGUGAGAGUUGAGCUGUAAUUUCAAAGGAAUUUUUCAUUUCAACAUUGGAAAUUGAUGUGAAUUGCGGAAUUUCCAUCGUUCGUCCACUGGGAAAUAAGAAAAAUAUUAUCCUUGAAUUUUCAGAUAAAUUUUUUACUAGUGAAUUAUUAAAUUCAUUAUUGCCGAUA